AGAUGAGAGUGACACGCACCAACUCCAGCUACUCGCCGAGAAGACUUCAUCCCAGCAACUCGGAAUGCUUGGCCGGGGCGGCACUCGGUCUCUCCGCAGCAGUUCUCGAACUGGCCUCCUUGAACGUCGGCUUCCCCUUCGCUUCUGCAGCCUGGAUCUGGGGGGCGGCGGGCCAGGCCCCGCGUGACCCCUGGUGAACGGUGGCCGCCUUUUCCCACCCCUGCUCUCCCAUCCUCCCUUCCCGUUUUACCCCGCCCCCUCUCUCCUCCCCAAGCCUGACAGCCCACGAGCUGCCAAGCAGGGCGCAGCCAUGGGAAGAGGAGGAGGGCUAGGGAGCGGCGGCGGCGGCGGCGGCGGCAGCGGCAGCGGCGGCUGCUACAGUGGCGGUGGCGGCGGCGGCUGCUGCUGAGCCCGGGCGGCGGCGGGGACCCCGGGCUGAGGCCACGCGGGCCAGAGGCCCCAGCACCGUUGGCCCCAGCGCAGACGCGAACCCGCGGUCUCUCUCCAGAGGCGAAGCUCGGAGGUCCUACAGGUAUGGAUCUCUGGCAGCUGCUGUUGACCUUGGCACUGGCAGGAUCAAGUGAUGCUUUCUCUGGAAGUGAGGCCACAGCAGCUAUCCUUAGCAGAGCAUCCUGGAGUCUGCAAAGUGUUAAUCCAGGCCUAAAGACAAACUCUUCUAAGGAGCCUAAAUUCACCAAGUGUCGUUCACCUGAGCGAGAGACUUUUUCAUGCCACUGGACAGAUGCGGUUCAUCAUGGUUCAAAGAGCCUAGGACCCAUACAGCUGUUCUAUACCAGAAGAAAUAUUCAAGAAUGGACUCAAGAAUGGAAAGAAUGCCCUGAUUAUGUUUCUGCUGGGGAAAACAGCUGUUACUUUAAUUCAUCAUUUACCUCCAUCUGGAUACCUUAUUGUAUCAAGCUAACUAGCAAUGGUGGUACAGUGGAUGAAAAGUGUUUCUCUGUUGACGAAAUAGUGCAACCAGAUCCACCCAUUGCCCUCAACUGGACUUUACUGAACGUCAGUUUAACUGGGAUUCAUGCAGAUAUUCAAGUGAGAUGGGAAGCACCACCCAAUGCAGAUAUUCAGAAAGGAUGGAUGGUUCUGGAGUAUGAACUUCAAUACAAAGAAGUAAAUGAAACUAAAUGGAAAAUGAUGGAUCCUGUAUUGUCAACAUCAGUUCCAGUGUACUCUUUGAAAGUGGAUAAGGAAUAUGAAGUGCGUGUGAGAUCCAAACAACGAAACUCUGGAAAUUAUGGCGAGUUCAGUGAGGUGCUCUAUGUAACACUUCCUCAGAUGAACCAAUUUACAUGUGAAGAAGAUUUCUACUUUCCAUGGCUCUUAAUUAUUAUCUUUGGAAUAUUUGGGCUAACAGUGAUGCUAUUUGUAUUCUUAUUUUCUAAACAGCAAAGGAUUAAAAUGCUGAUUCUGCCCCCAGUUCCAGUUCCAAAGAUUAAAGGAAUCGAUCCAGAUCUCCUCAAGGAAGGAAAAUUAGAGGAGGUGAACACAAUUUUAGCCAUUCAUGAUAGCUAUAAACCCGAAUUCCACAGUGAUGACUCUUGGGUUGAAUUUAUUGAGCUAGAUAUUGAUGAGCCAGAUGAAAAGAAUGAGGGAUCAGACACAGACAGACUUCUAAGCAGUGACCAUCAGAAAUCACAUAGUAACCUAGGGGUGAAGGAUGGCGACUCUGGACGUACCAGCUGUUAUGAACCUGACAUUCUGGAGACUGAUUUCAAUGCCAAUGACAUACAUGAGGGUACCUCAGAGGUUGCUCAGCCACAGAGGUUAAAAGGGGAAACAGAUCUCUUAUGCCUUGACCAGAAGAAUCAAAAUAAGUCACCUUAUCAUGAUGCUUGCCCUGCUACUCAGCAGCCCAGUGUUAUCCAAGCAGAGAAAAACAAACCACAACCACUUCCUACUGAUGGAGCUGAGUCAACUCAUCAAGCUGCCCAUAUUCAGCUAAGCAAUCCAAGUUCACUGGCGAACAUCGACUUUUAUGCCCAGGUGAGCGACAUUACACCAGCAGGUAGUGUGGUCCUUUCCCCAGGCCAAAAGAAUAAGGCAGGGAUGUCCCAGUGUGACAUGCACCUGGAAAUGGUCUCACUCUGCCAAGAAAACUUCAUUAUGGACAAUGCCUACUUCUGUGAGGCAGAUGCCAAAAAGUGCAUCCCUGUGGCUCCUCACAUCAAGGUUGAAUCACACACAGAGCCAAGCUUUAACCAAGAGGACAUUUACAUCACCACCGAAAGCCUUACCACUACUGCUGGGAGACCUGGGACAACAGAACAUAUUCCAGGUUCUGAGAUGCCUGUCCCAGACUAUACCUCCAUUCAUAUAGUACAGUCCCCACAGGGCCUCAUACUCAAUGCGACUGCCUUGCCCUUGCCUGACAAAGAGUUUCUCUCAUCAUGUGGCUAUGUGAGCACAGACCAACUGAACAAAAUCAUGCCUUAGCCUUUCUUUGAUUUCCCAAGAGCUACGUAUUUAAUGGCAAAGAAUUGGCUGGGGCAAUAACGUUUAAACGAAAACAAUGUUUAAACCUUUUUUGCAGGGGUGACAGGGUGGGAUAUGGAUUCUAAAAUGCCUUUUCCCAAAAUGCUGAAAUAUGAUGUUAAAAAAAUAAGAAGAAUGCUCAAUCAGAUAGAUAUUUCUAUUGUGCAAUGUAAAUAUUUUAAAGAAUUGUGUCAGACUGUUUAGUAGCAGUGAUUGUCUUAUUAUUGUGGGUGUUAAUUUUUGAUACUAAGCAUUGAAUGGCUAUGUUUUUAAUGUGUAGUAAAUCACGCUUUUUGAAAAAGCGAAAAAAUCAGGUGGCUUUUGCAGUUCAGGAAAAUUGAAUGCAAACCAUAGCACAGGCUAAUUUUUUGUUGUUUCUUAAAUAAAAACUGUUUUAUUUAAAAAAUUAAAUUUAAACUAGAGGUGAGAAAAUUAAACUGUAAGCAAGAAGGCAAAAAUAGUUUGCAUAUGUAAAACAUUUAUUUUGACAUAAAAUUGAUAAAGAUAUUUUUAAUAAUUUAGACUUCAAGCAUGGCUAUUUUAUAUUACAUUACACACUGUGUACUGCAGUUGGUGUGACCCCUCUAAGGAGUGUAGCAACUACAGUCUAAAGCUGGUUUAAUGUUUUGGCCAAUGCACCUAAAGAAAAACAAACUAGUUUUUUACAAAGCCCUUUUGUACCUCCCCAGACUCCUUCAACAAUUCUAAAAUGAUUGUAGUAAUCUGCAUUAUUGGAACAUAAUUUUUUUUAAACAAAUAUUUUUUUAGCAAAUUUUUAAACAAAUAUUUGUUAAUUUAGAAAACUUUAAAGUGUUUGCACAGAUCAACUUACUGGGCACCAAAAGAAGUAAAAGAAAAUAAAGAAAACCUUUCUUCACCAAAUCUUGGUUCAUGCCAAAAAAAAUACAUGCUAAGAGAAGUAGAAAUCAUAGCUGGUUCAUACUGACCAAGAUGCUUAAGUGCUGCAGUUGCACAUGGAGUGAAUUUUUUAGUGUGUGCAGAUGGUGAGAGAGAAGAUCUAUAGCCUCUGCAGCGGAAUCUGUUCACACCCAACUUGGUUUUGUUACAUAAUUAUCCGGGAAGGGAAUAAGGUACAAGAAGCAUUUUAUAAGUUGAAGCAAAUCAAAUGAAAUUAACUGGGUAAUCAAGCAAAGAGUUCAAGAAAUAGGUUUUUGUUUCACAGCCUAUAACCAGACACAUACUCAUUUUUCAUGGUAAUGAACAGAACAUAGAAGAAACAAGGUUUUCAGUCCUCACAGAUAACUGAAAAUUAUUUAAACCUCUAAAAGAAACUUCCUUUCUCACUAAAUCUUUUAUAGGAUUUAUUUAAAAUAGCAAAAGAAGAAGUUUCAUCAUUUUUUACUUCCUCUCUGAGUGGAUUGGCCUCAAAGCAAGCAUUCAGAAGAAAAAGAAGGGACCUCAAUAAUUUAGAAAUUAUUUUGCAAUCCCUUAAUACCCUAAACAUUAGUUGUUGUUGUUGUUAUUGUUGUUGUUGAGAUGGAAUCUCACUCUGUUGCCAGGCUAGAGUACAGUGGCGUGAUCUUGGCUCACUGCAAUCUCCACCUCCCCCAGGUUCAAGCGAUUCCCCUGCCUCAGCCUCCUGAGUAGCUGGAACUACAGGCACUCACCACCACGCCAGGCUAAUUUUUUUGUAUGUUAGCAGAGAUGGGGUUUCACUAUGUUGGCCAGGAUGGUCUCAAUCUCCUGACCUCAUGAUCCGCCCAACUUGGCCUCCAAAAGUGCUGGGAUUACAAGCGUGAGCCACCGUGCCCAGCCCUAAACAUCAUUCUAAAGAGCAUUGGGAUAUUUCCUGAAAAGGCUUAUGAAAAAGAAGAAUCUCAUAUCAGUGAAGAAUACUUCUCAUUUUUAAAAAAAGCUUAAAACUUUGAAGUUAGCUUUAACUUAAAUAGUAUUUCCUAUUUAUCGCAGACCUUUUUUAGGAAGCAAGCUUAAUGCCUGAUAAUUUUGAAUUCCCUUUCUUGCAGGAAGGACUAUGAAAAACUAGAAUUGAGUGUUUAAAGUUCAACAUGUUAUUUGUAAUAGAUGUUUAAUAGAUGUUCUGCUACUUUGCUGCUAUGGUUUUCUCCAAGAGCUACAUAAUUUAGUUUCAUAUAAAGUAUCAUCAGUGUGGAACCUAAUUCAAUUCAAAGCUGUGUGUUUGGAAGACUAUCUUACUAUUUCACAACAGCCUGACAACAUUUCUAUAGCCAAAAAUAGCUAAAUACCUCAAUCAGUCUCAGAAUGUCAUUUUGGUACUUUGGUGGCCACACAAGCCAUUAUUCACUAGUAUGACUAGUUGUGUCUGGCAGUUUAUAUUUAACUCUCUUUAUGUCUGUGGAUUUUUUCCUUCAAAGUUUAAUAAAUUUAUUUUCUUGGAUUCCUGAUAGUGUGCUUCUGUUAUCAGACACCAACAUAAAAAUGAUCUAAACCA